CAACUUAGUUCUCCACUCAAACUCUCAAGAAGAACACAGCAGCUGUCUUCAACAUGAAAUUCUUCAUCGCAAUCAUCGCUCUGGUUCUGGCCGUUGCCGCUCAGGCGUCUUAUGUCCCAGCCGUCCUGGACAAUCAUCUAUCCUGGCCAGUUAGUAGCUCGGUCUGGCCAUCAAACGGAAUCUAUGGCAAGACUCUGCUGGCACCAGCAGCAGUGACCAAGUAUGCUCAUCCUGGAAUCUACGGAAAUGCCUGGCCAGUGUACGGAAAGACCUGGGGAUAUUCGGCUCCAGUCGUAACCAAGGUUGUUGACAAUGGACUGUGGAACUAUGGCGGAUACGGUUAUGGAUUGGGAUAUAACAAACACUGGCUGUAAAUUUUUGCU